GAAAAGCUUGAGUAGUUUCUUCGCUUCGGCCCCUUGAUGCUCCGUCUGAAAUUCUCGACCCGCCUCUCGUAGCUGGCUUCCCCUGCAUUUAGAGUGCUGAUGAUAUGGUAGAAUUUCAUCGCAUUUGAAACAGACAUCCCUGCAACAAUUUUCGAGAACACGGCUGUUGGAAGUUUGUCGGUAUUUUUUUCGCAGCCUCGUAGACAGGCCGCCGAUAUUUCACAUUUAGAGGACUUUGCGAGGGAUCCUCACUAUGAGUACAAUAGUGCACGCCCGGGUAAUGCCCAACCGGGCGCAUGAUUAUCUCUAUGACACAAAUCAUACUGUGGCCGGGAGAACAGAUCAUAUACGGAAUAUGAUGAAGUGUCAGACAGCGGAUGCGAUAAUACAGCCGUCGUUCGAUAACAUGUUCUCUACACUGCGUCACCAUCCAUCAACGAGAUAUGCCUUGCGCGCACACAACCUUCCCUCACAUCUGGGCAAUGACCGCCGCACCUACAUCUCCACUCAACCCGACGUCACAGGUGCCAACCGAUUCAAGUACUUCCGCAGACCCAUCAUCCCGUACAUGCCUUCGCUCGGUGCGCAAGUCGUGUAUGCUCGACGGCCUAUGGCUAUGACAGCCAUGGCGGCGGGCGCAGUAGAAGAGUCUUCUCGACCGGUAACCCCGUUCACGAAGACUGUCGGGAUACAAACGAUGUACAGAGAAUCAGAUGCGCAGACAGAUCCAUAUACCCCGGAAUACACUCUGCACCCGUCAUGUGCAGACGGCGCAAAUCCGCCAGAGAUCCUGUCUCUGCUUACUCUAACGUUCGGCCAGGGAUUGCCGGUUACGACAACGGAGCUGGAGCUGAUCGAGAGGGCGCGGGCAAAGCGAGCAUGGGAGGCGACAUUACCGCCCGUAACUGAUCAAGCCUCGUUCGAGAAGCGCCUGCGAAUGAUGGAGGAGAUGGAAAUGCGGGAGUGGAGGGAGCGAGAAGAUGAGAUCAAGCGACUGCAGGAUGCACGUCUUGAGGUUCUCAAGCAGGUCAUUGAAGAACGAGAGGUGGCCAAUGAGGUCUUGUCGGAGGAACGUGUAAAGAAGGCGUGGGAGCGCAAGAUGGUGGAGCGGGAUCAGGUUCUGGAGAAGCUGCAGCGCAAGAAGAUCAAAGCACUGCGAAGAUUAGCCGAUCGGCGAGCGCAUGUGGAGCCGAAGAUUGAGCGGAGGGACAUCAUUUCAGAGUAUGCAGACUUUGGAUCCAAGGUCUAUGCACCAUGUACGAGAAAUGGUGUCUUUUAUGACAAGCCGGGAGCAACAAUCCAGGUGCACCUAGGCGAUGGCGUUGAAGGCUUCAAUGCUCUCUCGGAAUUGGAACGGGAUAUACUGCCGAAGCUCCUCAAUGCUUCAUUACUGCAACCGCCUACCCUCGAAAAGAAGAGCAGUCAUACCGCUCGCAAGGAUGCACAACUGUACGCACAAUUGGAGCUUAUGGACCAAAAGCUCAAGGAGCGACGGGCGGCAGAUGGGCAAUCAGAAUUCCGUUCGCCAAGCCCUCCCCUGCGGUUUGCUCAAAAGAUUGAGAAACCGCCUGUCAGACCCCCUACACCGCCGAUUCUGGAUCCGAGAGAGGAAGAUGAAGAGAUGGAAGUUGCUGCCAUCUUAUUACAGAAGCUCAUUCGUGGUCGUGCGGCUCAGAGCCUCAUGUAUCAAGGAAAACAACGCCGCCUCAACCUCAUCUCCGAACUCCGUAUCCGUCAAUCCGUCCUUCCGCCCAUCGGCUCGUACAGAUCACCAGGGCGACCCAGCUCCUACCCGGCAUCCUCUUCACCCGCACAAGAUGCUUUGGAUAGGCUUGCUGGCGGCGAUCAUAGUCAGGCGGCAGUGGCCGCGGCUGCUGGCGAUGUCGCUGCCGCCCAGGGAUUGGAGACAGGCGCUGGGUUGCGAGAUGCUGUGGACAGGGCUGUCCGGAGGGAGCUGGAGGUCAUCUUUGGGGAGGAAAUCAUAACCGCGGGUUCAGAAACCGACAACAUGCCCCCACCCACCUCCACCGACGGCCUCACCGCCUCCAUCUCCUCCAAUCUCCUCUCCCAAUACACAUCUCAAACACUCGCCUUCCUCACCACCGAGCUCGUGCGCCUCCGCGAGCUGCACCGCAUCAGCGCCUUGGUUAAACUCGCCGAACGGACGCGGCGGAUGCGCGAAGCCGAGGAAAGCGGGCGCAGGCAGGCGGAGAUGGAGCGACGUGUAAUUGAGGAUGAGGUGUUCCGGCAGGUUAUGACGGUGCAUAGGGAGUCGGUGGAGUCGUAUUUGGAGGAUGUGGUUGCGGGUGUUGGGGAUAGAGUUGCUGGUGUCAAGGCGAAGCAGCAAGUGAGGGAGUAUGUGAGCAGGGUUAAUAGAGUGAUGGAGGCUGUGGAAAAUGGCCUGCCAGGUGCAGACCAAAAUACAGGCGGUACAUCAGAUGAAACCACUGUGGCAGAUCUAGUUGCCUCUUUCCUGAUACCAGAGGUCGAACGACAGACAUUGCGGAAUCAAGUGAAAUCCGACCAACGCAAAUACAUCCAAGCAGCCCACACCAGCAUUUCCGCUGCCAUCAGCGACAUCGAGGCGCAAAGCAAAGAUUCCAUCCAUCCCUCCACAUCCAGCCUCAACGUGCGUACUGGUCCUGCAACGGCGCGGGCCAGCACCAUCGCCGGGCCCAAUGGGGCGGAUGAUGGAGGCGUCCAGGGGCUUUUGCAGCGCUUGCAGUCGGAUGAUGCGGUGGAUGGUGGGAAGGAUAAGUCGGCGCCGUUGUCGAGGCAGGGAUCACGCUCGGCUUCGAGGGUAUCCCGACAAGAGUCUUAGGAAUGGCGUGUUGGGGACAGUUUUUUGGGUGCUGCAUCUUGACUGAAUGGUUUACGGUACAGGGCGAGCGCAUGUUCAGAAUAUAUUAUGGAGA